AUGGACACGUUCGGUUACUACAUUGCCUGGGGUCACUACGUCAUCCUACCCAUUACUCUCUUCGUUCUCACAAAACGAGUGAUCGAGAAGUUGUUUGAGGUAAGAGCCAGAGCUGAGCGGAAGAAUUUUUAUCUUUUUUAGAAAAUUUUUUCAUAAAAUGUGAUCAACUGACGAAAUGUAGAGCAAAAUGAACUCUGCUUAUAGAAUAAUAAUUGUAAAUUUAGCUUUUUAUACAAAAAAGUUAUUCGAGUUGUUGCGUGAAAAUGUCCUUCCGUCUUCGGUUGGCCCUUAACUUUUUUGUAUGAAAAGCUAAAUUUGCAAUUAUUUUUUUAUGAGCAGAGUUCAUUUUGCUAUACAUUUCGUCAGUUGAUCACAUUUCAUAAAAAAAAUUUCUAAAAAAGAUAAAAAUUCUUCCGUGUUCUUCUGAUAAGAGGAGCCUCUUAAAAGGUUCCUAUAACGAGAUGCUUGCAGAAAUUCGGAUUCACCUAUGUGCCGUGCAAGGCGAGCGUCGAGAGCCGCCACGAUUACCAUUGGGACAAGCACAACUUUUACGGAUUUCUGUGCGGACCGCCCGACUCGACGAAUCCGUUCGACGCGCAAAUCCGCGUGAACGUCGGCGACGGCGAGUACGUGGAAUCGCCGCCGAACGCGGUGGCCGUUGUGCUGAGCGCCUACGGAUUCCGUUUGGGCCGCGACGACGAGCAUCCGAUGAACUUUCGACCGCUGCGCGACAGCGUGGCAUUCUCGAAGGCGCAUCUUCGAUUCUCGAUGCUCACUUCACGGAUUCAGGUGGCUCACUUCGUGCUCGACGGCCAUAAAUAUCUGGCCGGCGCCACGUUGUACUUUGACGAUUUGUACGACAGCCAAGAGCAUUAUGAUGCGUUUGACGUGGAGCUCGCCGAUCGCUUCGAGCGCUUGAUCGAGGAGGACGCCGAGUUUUACGCGUUGCUCGCCGCGCAACUCGGCACGUUCAACGACCUGGAGUUUGACGACUCAGAGCUGAACGUCAAGUACGCGGUGGAGCACGACACGAUGCAGUACAUUUUCGCCGAGAAUCCGUUGAGCCGUCGCGUCGAGCUGUUCCUCUUCGACGCCGACAACAUGGACUUUGCGCGCACCACCACCUCCUCCGGCACAGAUCUCGUCUACGACCCCUCGCUGGAUAUUGUCGAGACCGGAACGUCGAAAUUACUCUUUGUGAGCGACACAUUCAUCGUCGUGUUCCGGAAAAGCGGCGGCGGCGUCGAGAAGCGCGUCUACAACUUUGCCACGAAACGAUUCGAUGUGGCCGAGCCGGCGGUGGUCGUACAGUGUCGGGUUCCGGAUGAGGAGCUGGAGGAGGAUGAAGUCGUGGCGCCAGACGGAUCAGAAGACGAGGAGGACUUUGUGAUGAUUCCUCGCUACGAGGACCUCGUCGAGGCGACUUUCUAA